GGCGCGGCGGCGGCGGCGGUGGUCUUCAUCAUGGCGGCUUCCAUCUCGGGCUACACGUUCAGUUCUGUCUGCUACUACAGCGCCAACAGCAGUGCCGACCACGAAGGAUUUCUGCUAGGAGAGGUGAGGCAGGAGGAGACCUUUAGCAUUAGUGAUUCACAGAUCAGCAACACUGAAUUUCUACAAGUGAUUGAAGUCCAUAACCAUGAGCCUUGUUCAAAACUCUUUAGCUUUUAUGACUAUGCAGGCAAGGUUAAUGAGGAGAGUUUGGACAGGAUUCUUAAAGACCAAAGAAAAAACGUUAUUGGAUGGUACAGAUUUAGGAGAAACACUCAGCAGCAAAUGUCAUACAGAGAACACAUUAUUCACAAACAGCUGACACACAUCCUUGGAGUGCCUGAUCUUGUCUUCCUCCUCUUCAGCUUCAUUUCCACUGCAAAUAACUCCACACAUGCUUUAGAAUAUGUGCUUUUUAGACCAAACCGAAGGUAUAAUCAAAGGGUGUCACUUACUAUUCCCAAUCUAGGCAACACUAGUCAACAGGAAUACAAAGUUUCUUCAGUGCCAAAUACUUCUCAGAAUUAUGCCAAAGUUAUUAAGGAACAUGGUACUGAUUUUUUUGACAAAGAUGGAGUGAUGAAGGACAUCAGGGCUAUAUAUCAGGUUUACAAUGCACUUCAGGAAAAAGUACAGGCAGUAUGUAUAGAUGUAGAAAAAAGUGAGCGUGUUGUUGAAUCUUUUCAAGCUGAUGUAAACAAGUUAAGAAGGCAAAUCGCACAAAAGAAAAGUGAGAAAGAGCAAGAAAUAAGAAUGCAGCAGGCAAUUUUAAGCAGGCAGAUGCCAACAGAUAACUUGGAACCUAUGUUUGUUCCACGAAUGUCCUACACUGGGUUUGCUGUGGAAGGCUGCACGCUUGAAGAUUCAGAUGUCUCUGAUCCUCCCCCUCCAUAUUCUGAUUUUAAUGCAACCAGUCAAGAAAGUACUGUUGGUCACAGUCUCCUGGAAAGCAACAUUUUUAUGCCUCGACCUCAAGCAGUAGGCUCUUCCAGUUAUGUUUCCACAAACGUAGGAUUGAAAUAUUCUGGUAAUGGAGCACCCAUGCCAUCUUCCCAAAGAGCGGUUGGUGACAAUGUUGAUGAAUCAGAAGACAGUGAUUAUGAAAACUUGCUUGAACCUACAGAGUCAUCUGACAGUGAAUACUCACAGACAAGGGAUUCACGACCUUCAGCACAUCCUGGUGGAGAUUCCAGGAACACUCAAACUUCUCAGAUUUGAUGGCGGGGGAGAAGACAUCCACGUGACACUGCAUCAGUACAAAGUGCACAUACAGGAGUUAAUGACUGCCAGAAGUAGUAAAUCCCGUCACCAUUGGACUUUGGAGCCUGCAAAUUACAAGCGUCAGAGACUGCUUCUUGGUUUAUUUGCAUCUGAGUCUUGGAUGUACACUUCUAGAUGAGUUACUCUGUUAUGUAAUAAACAGGGGAGAAGGUAGGAGAAGAUUAUUUGGAGAGUCCCCUGGGUUUAUUACCUCUUUUUUCUCUGGGUGAAAUGUGUAAAUGAUUAUUUUAAUUUGAAUUUGAACUCCUUGUCAGCAGAUUGUUGUUUGGGACAAAUGAAAUGUGGUAUAUUUAGAGAAUUUCAUGUUCAGAUGCACUUAUUUUUAUUUAAAUCCUGCUUGUAUGUUAACGUUGCCCAAAAUAUGUGAAACUGUGCCACUGAGAAGUUUGUCUUACUGGACUUUAUCCCUGAUCUGUAAAUGAGAAAAUGCCCCUUUUAGGAUGAGGUUAUCUUAAGCAUUUAUGGCUUGGAGGUGUAAAUAACCACUUCUUCAGUUUACACCCAGGAGAACAAAGCAGUCACUUAAUUUAAAUAUACCUGAUUUACAAAAGACUAAAAUGUCAGUCUGUAUUGUCUGUGUAGGCAAAAGUCUGUUCAUAGCCUCUCCUCGAGCAAAAUGACUGGGGAAAAAAAGAGGAUAUUGAAGUCACCACUCUUCUGGUGAGUGAUUCCACCUUUAAACAGCCAGUGGUCUGGUUUAACUCUUUUACAUUAUUCUCAUUAGCCUUAACUGGGUGCAUUUUUUGUCUUGGAGUGGUGCAAUCCACUUAACAGAGACCAUGCUGUUGUGUUAUUGCAGGCUCUCUGCAGGCACCUGUGGGUCAGGCCCAGAGACUUGUGUGUAUUGAAAUCGGGACUGACAAGGUGGCAACAAACGGGUUUGGUUUUAUUCUGCACAGAAACCUGCAAAAUGUACAUCUCUGACACAGCAGUUAAAUGGGACAAUAAAAUCUUACUUAAU